CGAACUAGACCGAAGUUUGGUGCGGCGAUUCCGUUCUUCUUUGGCGUGGCUCCCUUGCGGACUCCUCCGAUGGGAGCAGGGAGGCUGUUCAUAGGGCUCGCCCCCGAAGCGCACGCCGGACGGCGAGUCCUCGCACAGCACGACGUCGCUGCUGCUCCGGUCGCCGUAUUCGUCGACGAACUGGGAUGCCGGUGGAAGAUGCAAAGCUGUUUUUUGGGCCGCACUGUUGGGCCGCGUCGAGCGGACGCAGCAAGCGAGUCGUUGGAUGCCUUCGCGGACGCACGGACGGUGAUCCAGCUUCGGACUGCACCCUGACGUAGAUCGUUCUACGUCGGAGGAUCUCGUUUCAAAUCAAACCCCCAACCCCCGGCGCUUCGCGAGCUCGUCCUCCCGUCCUCGACCGAGAAACCCUAGCCCCGCCGCUCGCCGGCGAUGGAGGCGCCGGAUGAGGAGGCCGGGCUGGGGCUCCCCGAGGGCGAGCGGCUGCUGGAGGUGACCCUCAUCUCCGCGCAGGGGCUCAAGCCCCCCUCCGGACUGCGACGGCGGCUGCAGGCGUACGCCGUCGCCUGGGUGGACGCCGGGCACAAACUCCAGACGCGGCCCGACGCCGCGGGCGGGCUCGACCCGGCGUGGCACGCGCGGCUCCUCUUCCGCGUCCGCGAGGCCGCGCUCGCCGACGACUCCUGCGCCGCCGUCACCGUCGAGAUCUACGCGGCCGCCGCGGGCUCCUGGCACCUCGGCGGGGACUCGCUGGUGGGGUCCGCGCGCUUCCUGCUCGGCGACCACCGCCUCCUAUCCCGCCCCGUCGGGUCCCCCUCCAUGUUCGCAGUCGGCGUCCGCCGCCCCUCCGGCAGGGUCCACGGCCUCCUCAACCUGGCCGCAAGCCUCGUAGCGGUGCCGCCGUCCCCGGCCGCCUCCCACGCCCUCCGCCUCUCGCCCGCCGUCUCCCUCAGCGGCCUAUCCGUGGCGCCCAGCCCAAGCCGCGUGCUCCGCGUCUUGAACCGCGCGCACCCGACGCCUCCACCGUCCCCAAAGGUGCUUACGCCCAAGAGGCAGCAGUUUGCGUUCAAGCCGAACAAUAAGGGCGCGGACGAUGGGAACGAUGGCGAGGGGGAGGACGAGGAGGCGAGGGGCAUGGGCGGGGUGAUGUUCUGCGGACCUUGCGUCUUACCAUUCCCAAGAAAGAUACACACGAGCGCCGCAGAUGAGAACCUGCAGGCCUUCGCUGGCAUCUUCUCUGGUGGACUCAGGCAUUGCCGAACGGAGCCCUCAUUGUCGGGGAGUCCAUGCAAAUAAGUCCCAUUCUUUCAGUUGAUUUCUUGUGAAGUAGCCUGUUUCCAGUUGUUGUGGUUAAUUAGCUUCUUGACGAUGAGGGUAUAGACUUAUAGUGCUGAAUUGUAUCAUAGCAUCUCCUGUUAUCACUGGAAGUACGUUACAUCAAAUUGUGUGGUUUCAAUGGAAUUGUAGAGUUUUAGUGCCACAUGGGUCAAUCUUUGAAGUUCUUUUGUUGGUAUUUUCUCUGUGAUGUUGGAAGAAAGUUGCUUCUUGACCAAUACAUGGAUUGGUGGUUUCA